AUGUCUUCUAUGAGUGUUAACUCACUCAUUGGAAAGGACGAUGAGAACGAAAGUGCUAAGGCAAUACCACAAAAAAGAUCUGCAUCGAGUGGUGAUACCAUAGUGGAAGAAAAGCUAGGAUCCGAACCUUCAUUGCAACCACCAUUCCAAGGUCAAAACAAACGUACAUCGAUACCUUCUGUUUCGCAACUAAGUGAAUCGAUUCCCCAGCAUACCAAUACACCUUCAUUAUCAGCAUACAAGUUCCCUCAGAAACAGAUUGAAGAUCAAGGGUUAUUAGCAUUGCUAGGCCCCAAUGUUGCGUCUUUCCCAUUCUCCGAAGAAGCCUUUCUGAAUGCAUUAAAAUUACGAGCGGAGCAAGAACGCACAAAGCAAGAGUACUACAGGGUAGAAACUGCCAACAAAAACCUUGCCAUCCUUCAGACAGCAUUACGGGCACAGAUGCCUGUUAAUAUGAUCCCUUUGUUGUGCGUUGGGAACGCACCCGAAUUGACAGAAGAACAAAUGAAAAUGUUGAUACAGCAAGCAACGUUCGGUGCUCCCUCUUAUUUACACCAGCAACAACAAGUGCAACAACAUCACCAACCAUCAAACUUCCCCCCUUCUCAACAACAGAAACCACCACCACCACAACAACAGCAGCAGCAGCAACAGCAACCUUUUGUGGGAAUUCAACCAGGUCUUCUGCAGGAACAACAAAUCCAAAUCAUACAAGCAAACCAAAAGCGAAUGCAACAAGAACUACAACAACAAGGCGGAUCUUUCUCCCAGUCAAGUCCAUUUCAAAAAUCACAUACACGUGGAGCAAGCAGUGGUGGUAUGGGCUCCCAACAGGACACAUUCAAUGUUAACCCAGGACCACCUUUGGGUUUUAGAUUUGGUGCUGGUAGCAGUGCCAGCAGCACUAGCGGAAGACGACCAUUAUCCCCCGCGAAAAUUGGAGCUGCAGCUGUAGCAAAUUUAGCUACACCAACCACACCAUACCGUGGCACCUCUUCCUCGGCAUCCACAAGUACUCGUAGAAGUGCUGUACACCACCGACAUAGCUCCUUACCUCUUGAUACAUCUGGCAGCUCUCGCAGACUUAGUUCAGUAACGAGUGGUCCUGAAUCAGGUGAAUUGAAUAGAAGCCAUGUACUACAAUCGCCAUUGACAGGAGCCACUUCAACAUUACAAGUGAAUCCAAUACCUGCCCAACCAUUACAUAAACAGAGUAAGCUGCAAGUACAGCCACUGCAGGAAUCAAUGACUUCUUUUCAACACGUCAUUCAAUUUCAUCAUUGGAAACCUACAACGGGAUCACCAACUGCUAGUAGUGUUGGAGGUGGAAGUCCAUUAAAGUCUCAGUCGUCUUCUCAUAAACGGCGCAAGUCAUCGCCUAGCAUACCAUUCCAAGAGCAAAAAAUGUUACCGCCAUCAAAGGAGAAAGAAUUUUUUGCGGAAUCAACACCAAAAGUCACGUCUGACAACAGGAAUAAGGACGAGGUGGAAACAGAUCCUGAUCUUUCUAUUGAUUCUUCAGUUGGUGAAAUGACAGAACUGAAAGUUGAUGAUCAAGCGAAUCCACCAAAAGCACAUCGUCGACUGGAGCUGAACUUUAGUAAAUUUCCCAAGGAUAAGGAAUCAACGACCAAAUGA